GGCAUCGCGACGCUGUUUGCGCUAACCGACGCUCAUUUCAUCGUUCGCGCUAUUGCGAAAAACUCUUCGGGUUUCACACUAAAUUUGAUAGUUUUUUUAGUCAAAAUGACUUUGUCAACACUGUGCCCUUUUGCUGCUGUUGUCACUUUUUUUGCAAUCGUGGAUCUUCAUGCUGCCGCCGCAAGUUCACCAUCGGCAUCAAAGACAAAUUUCCCGCGCCGCACUUGUAAAGCUGAUGAAUUGGAAGAGAUUUGCUUCGCGAAAAAUGGCACUUACCAACAGCACAGUAAAUCAGGGCGCAUUAGUAUUGGCCCCCAUCACCUAGAUAAAUGCGAUGUUAAAACCAUCUCUUAUAAAGUGUUCAAUGGGGCAAAAAUCAACGUCUAUCCUGCUAGUGAAAACUCUGACACCUGGACCAUAUCAAUCAAUGAAGCUUCUGCACUUGUGAACAUCAGCUGCUUCAUAGUUACCCCUGAAUAUUCAAGGAACUACUCAAAGCUGCUGGAAAUCCGGCAGGAUUUCCAGGAAUGCACCACGCCAAGACCUCAGGAGACCCAUAAAAUCCACCGCACAAAAUUGCGCAAAGGCGAGCGCAUUGAUAAUAUUUUCUUCCUGGAUCACGCUCCAAUCGGAACCAAUAAAUACCAGGCCUUUAUAGCUAAUGCGAGCAUUUCAGGUCUUUUGGUGCCGGAUUGCACUUACCACGUGGAUAUCCGCAAUGGACGCAAUGGAACAAUAAUACAUUGCCGGCUAAAAGCUACCAAAAGUGCAUCAUUUAAAACGGACUUUAGCUUCCUCUUCGGCCUAACAAACACCAACUCAGCCUGCCAGAACAAGGACAGCACAGGUUAUAUCAAUAUAACCUUCGGCAUGGGAAGCAGACGCAUCAAACGUGCCAAUAUUUUCAACAACAACAGCAAAAUAUUUCGGACGGCCGCCCCUUUUGCCCGAGUGACUCAACCAGCCGCCCAAUCUUCCUAUAUGGGCAAAUAUCGAUGCGAAGCCAUAAAUGCGCCUAGAAACCCUUUCAGUAUCACUCGCGAGGGAAUUAUUUACGUGGAUGAUAUUGGGGCUUUGAAAGUUGCUCCUGAAAAUGUCAGGCUAAACAUAUCCUGGACCAGAAACAACUCAACAGAAUACGAGGAAAUCAACGUGAGGCUUGUGAUGGAGCCAACGCAAACCUGCAGUCACUACAGCGCUGAUGACUGGAUCCACUCAAGAUGCGCAUCUUACAGUAGCCCCAAAAGUUGCACUAGAAAAGACUCGUGCGGCUUGGGAACAGGAGGAGACACCGGCUAUCAAAUCCGAAACCAUUUGGAAACAUAUCGUUGCAUUUGGAGAGGCGACAAGAACCCAGACAAUCAUGAAACACAUUUGUACUCCACCUGUACAUCGGAUCCGCGUUUUUGCCCCGAUGGAAACUGCGACUCAUUGGAAGAAUUGGCUGCUGAGGAUCUCUGUCCUCAAGAUUGCACCACAAAGCCGGCAUUUCCUGCAAAGUUGAGCAAAGCAGGUCGCGGCAUCGACAAAUGCAAUGGAGUGCUGGUUUGCGAUGAUAUGGGAUGUUCCUGCCAGUUAAAAUUCUUCGCGAACAAAAUUUUGCCAGUGGAACCCAAAGAUGAUAGACUGAUUGCUGAUGAACAGCCUGAGAGACUGGCAUGCGACACCGAAUGCAUUUUCCUCGCUACUGGAGGACUUUUGGUGGCAGUAUUUGCCAUAUUUUUCUCAAUCAUUCUUUGGCGGACGGUUCGCAAGAGGAGGUCGUCCAAGGAUAAGUACCUGGAAAAUUUGCAGGAAGCCGAAACCCCAUUUUCCGACUACAUCGACAGGACGGUGAUCAAUGAGCCCCUAGUGCUGAAUUUCCAUAUGAGCAGGAGUCUGGAAAAUACCAGCGCCAACGGCGUCAAAAGCAUCAAAGUUGAUGCAAAGUGGAAAUUUCCUAGACAUCAAAUUUUCAUUGAGCAAGUUUUGGGGGAGGGCGAGUUUGGAAAAGUGCUCAAAGCGAAAGCCUUCAAUAUAGCAUCCCGUCCAGGAUAUUCACUAGUCGCAGUUAAAACACUGAAAAACGACGCAAGGAAUCAGGAUUACAACGACUUAUUUUCCGAGUAUCAGCUGCUAAAAGAGGUAAAUCACCCCCAUGUCAUCCAGCUUUUGGGCGUUUGUUCUUCGGAGGAUGGACCGUUGUACGUUAUUAUUGAGUAUGCAGCUUUCGGGUCGUUGAGAAACUACUUGCGAAAAAGCCGGCACAUUCUAACCGCCGCCGAAUUGGGACAUUUGGAAGACACAUUUGAGCACAAAGUAACGGCCAGGGAUAUUUUGUCUUUUGCCCGACAAAUUGCCAGCGGGAUGUCCUAUCUCAGCGAUAUUAAGCUGGUUCAUCGAGACCUGGCGGCCAGAAAUAUUUUACUGGCCGAAAACAAGGUGUGCAAGAUAUCGGAUUUCGGCUUAACCAGAGAUAUCUACGAAGACAAUGCUUAUUUCAAGAAAAGCAAGGGACGAGUUCCCGUAAAAUGGAUGGCCCCCGAAUCGCUGGCAGAUCACUUAUACACGACCAAAUCCGAUGUUUGGAGUUUUGGGGUGCUGAUUUGGGAGCUGGUAACACUUGGAGCCAGUCCAUAUCCAGGCAUCCAGGUCCAGAACUUGUACAACUUGCUGAAGCAAGGCUACAGAAUGGAAAGGCCGCCAAACUGCUCCACAGUCUUGUAUUCGCUGAUGAAUCGAUGUUGGAAUGUUAACCCAGAGGCAAGACCCUCGUUUUUGGACCUCUAUCACUGUUUCGACAAUCUCCUGACAGACAAUGUGAGCUAUUUAGAUUUAUCGGAUAACUCCAUAAUCAAUAGAAGUUAUUUCACCAACUUUUCCAUUGAGGCGGACUCAGGAUCUGCUGAUGGGAAAGAUGAAAAGGUAAAUUUCCUGCAAUACUCUGUAAGUAAGAGCAGUCUUGAAAUCGGGGAGAAAAUGAACGGGAUCAAAGAGCAAUGUCUUGGAUAUGAAACGCCAGUGAACGCUCCCAAGCCGGUUACCCCAACUGCAGCCUUGGAGGAAUACACCGAUAUGGAUUCAAAGGUUUAGAGCAUCUCAUUUUUUGCUAAAUAUUUAUCUAGCAGCUUACAACUGAAUAAAUCGUGCAAUAGUCUAUUAAGCUUUGAUAAUACCCCCAAAGUGCAUGUGGUUUCCACCUACCUAUAUGUAAUAAACUUGUAUGUAACUGA